AUGCUCUUAGUAGCAGUAAGCAAGGAUGGAAAUAAUAACAUUUUUCCACUAGCUUGGGCCGUUGUGGAGGUGGAGAAUACAGAAAGCUGGACUUGGUUCUUAACCUUAUUGGUUGAGGACUUAGACAACUUUCCAACAGGUGAAGGUUUAACCUUGAUGAGUGAUAGACAAAAGGGUUUGUUGGAUGCAAUAACAACUUGUGUUCCCAAAGCUGAGAUAAGAUACUAUUCCACCUUUGUAGCUGAAAUGGAAUGCAUUAAAUUAUUGUCUGGUGAUGCUCAUGCUUAUUUAGAUGCAAUUGAUGUUAAACAUUGGGCUAGGCAUGCAUUUCAAACAAAAUCAAAGUCAAACAUGCUCCUUAAUAACCUAUGUGAGACAUUUAAUGGAGUGUUAAGGGAGGCUAGGGAUAAACCCAUUAUCACUUGCAUGGAGUGGAUUAGGAGGUAUGUAAUGAGGAGGAGUUGUGAGAAGUUGACUGGGGUUGAGAAGCAAAUUGGUAGGUUAAUGCCAUAUGUUGCUAAGGUGUUUGAGUGGAUAAGCAUUGAAGCACAAAACUGCUUUCUUGUUCAGUCAACCCUAGAUGAGUGGGAGGUUAAUCAUAAGGAACAACAACAUGUGGUAAACCUUAGUGCAAGAAGUUGCACCUGCAGGAAAUGGGAAUUGACUGGAAUACCUUGCCAACAUGCUUUUGCUUGCUUGGUGAAAAGAAGGCAAAAUCCAGAAGACUUUGUGGAUGACUACUACAGCAAGGCUACAUAUCUUAAGGCUUAUAGUAUACAUGUAAGGCCUAUGCCUGGCAUGAGUCAGUGGGAAAAGAAUGACAUGCCCAAACCUCUGCCACCUGUUCAUAGGAAAAUGCCUGGCAAACCAUCUAAAAAGAAACGGAAGAAAGAGGUUGGGGAAGAUGAAGGGAGGUUUGUUAAGAAACCAAAGAAGCCAAACAAUUGUUCUAAUUGUGGCCAACCUGGUCAUAAUAUCUUGAAGUGCAAAAACCCAACUACUGCAAGAGACAAUAAGGGAGGUAGACCAUCAUCUAAUGACCCAUGGGUCAAGAACCAAAGACAGAAUAAGCUUGCAAAAGCACUCACUACUACGAGUGUUGCAAAUGGUACACAAGAAGUAUCCACAAGUCACAAUAUGCAAAGAAGGGCACCUACCCCCGAGUUCAAACCUACUAAGAGUGCUACUACAAGCAAUGUACAACCAAGCCAAUCAAGUCAAGCACCAAAUCACAGGGGAAAGUUGCAAGUUAAACCCAAAAAGAAGAAGAAAUUGGAAGACAUUGAUGGCUGA